GUCUCGCGAGGUUAGGUGCGCGUCGGUAUUUUGCGGGCUAGUAGCUUUCCCUGCAACUGUAAUUGCCGCUGCGGGAGAAAUUGGAGCUGCUGUCGCUGGCACGCCCGCUGCCUGCUCUCCUGGACUGAGAAGAGCCACAGCCUCUUCACUAGCGCGCCCCAUACACCUAGCGCCCGGGUCGCCCGGCAACAAUCCCAGACCCACUGCAACCACCUCAGGCAGUCGCUUUGCAGGUCAUCCCCCCCCCUUAGCCCAGCAACUGAGGGUGGCCCCCUGUCCCUAACCGACUUCUCACUCCACGUCAUCUGUGCCCUCCUCAGCGACGCCCGGGACCCACCUCUCCACACUCUAACUGACGAGGAGGAGACGCUCAGAAUCACCCUUUCUCUAGGCGGAGCCGGCCCCCUCACCCGCGGGUGUGUCCUAUAAAUGGCGUCGGAAAGCGACACUGAGGAAUUCUAUGAUGCCCCUGAAGAUGUGCACCUGGGGGGCGGCUAUCCUGUAGGGUCUCCAGAAAAAGUUGGACUUUUAUCAUUUAAGGAAACAGAGAACACAGCAAACAAAGCUGGAAAUGAGUUCCCUGUACAAGAAUUGAGACAAGAUGUAUCUAAAAAGAUAAUUGAAAGUAUUAUUGAGGAAAGUCAGAAAGCACUACAGUUGGAAGAUGACUCUUUGGAUUCCAAAGGAAAAGGACUUUCUGAUCAGGCUACUGCUGGUCCUUCUAUGGCUGGGACAGAGUUUAGUAACAUAACUGGACUAUUAGCCAUAGAACAUGAACUACAAGAAGAUUCCAAAAAGGCAGACAGUCAGAAUGUAGCUGAAGAAACUGAACUAGAAACACAAAAAUGUUUUUCUUCUGAUGGCACCUGUGAGAAGACAGUAGAUGAAACUGAUAAUUUAACUGAAGUAUGUUCAGCUGAGCAGCUUGAUGCUUCUGAACUAGAAAUUGAAAUAUUGAACAAGGAAGCAGUGGAAGUCAAAGAAGGUGAUGUUCUAGAUCCUGCAUCUUCAGAUACUUUAUCUAAUAAAGAUUUUGCUGCUGCCGAAGAAGUGGCUCCUGCCAAACCCCCAAGGCACCUUACUCCAGAACCUGAUAUAGUAGCCAGUACAAAGAAGCCUGUUCCUGCGCGCCCACCUCCACCAGCUAAUUUCCCGCCUCCUAGACCCCCACCUCCAUCUCGACCUGCACCACCACCAAGAAAAAAGAAAAGUGAACUGGAGUUUGAGGCUCUUAAAACACCUGAUCUGGAUGUACCCAAAGACAAUAUUACAUCUGAUUCUCUGCUAACGACAAAUAUGGCUUCAGAGAGUACAGUUAGAGAUUCCCAGCCUUCUCUCGAUUUAGCAAGUGCUACCAGUGGAGAUAAAAUAGUUACUGCCCAGGAAAAUGGAAAAGCAUCUGAUGUGCAGACAGUAGCAGGUGAAGUGAUGGGCCCUCAGAGACCUAGAUCCAACUCUGGGAGAGAGCUUACUGAUGAGGAAAUUUUAGCCAGUGUAAUGAUUAAGAACUUAGAUACUGGAGAAGAAAUACCUUUAAGUCUUGCUGAAGAAAAGUUGCCAACAGGUAUUAAUCCUCUCACUCUGCACAUCAUGAGAAGGACAAAGGAGUAUGUAAGUAAUGAUGCCACACAGUCAGAUGAUGAAGAAAAGUUACAGUCACAACAAACAGAUACCGAUGGUGGAAGGUUAAAACAGAAAACGACUCAACUAAAGAAAUUCCUUGGAAAAUCAGUAAAGAGAGCAAAACAUCUUGCUGAGGAAUAUGGUGAACGUGCUAUAAAUAAAGUUAAAAGUGUAAGAGAUGAAGUGUUUCAUACUGAUCAAGAUGACCCUUCAUCAAGUGAUGAUGAAGGAAUGCCAUAUACACGACCAGUAAAAUUCAAGGCAGCACAUGGUUUCAAAGGACCUUAUGAUUUUGAUCAGAUCAAAGUGGUACAAGAUCUUAGUGGCGAACACAUGGGAGCUGUUUGGACCAUGAAAUUUUCUCACUGUGGCCGAUUGCUUGCCUCAGCUGGACAAGACAAUAUAGUGAGAAUAUGGGCUUUAAAAAAUGCUUUUGACUAUUUCAACAAUAUGCGAAUGAAAUAUAAUACUGAAGGACGUGUGUCACCUUCACCAUCUCAGGAAAGUCUAAGUUCAUCAAAAUCUGACACAGACACGGGGGUAUGUAGUGGAACUGACGAAGACCCAGAUGACAAAAAUGCACCUUUUCGGCAGCGGCCAUUUUGCAAAUAUAAAGGACAUACUGCUGAUCUCCUUGAUCUUUCAUGGUCUAAAAACUACUUUCUGCUCUCUUCUUCUAUGGAUAAAACAGUCAGGUUAUGGCACAUUUCUAGAAGAGAAUGCCUUUGCUGUUUUCAACAUAUAGAUUUUGUCACUGCCAUCGCUUUCCAUCCAAGAGAUGACAGAUAUUUUCUCAGUGGAUCAUUGGAUGGAAAGCUCCGCCUAUGGAACAUACCUGACAAAAAAGUGGCUUUAUGGAAUGAAGUAGAUGGUCAGACAAAGUUGAUCACAGCUGCCAAUUUUUGUCAGAAUGGCAAAUAUGCAGUAAUUGGGACAUAUGAUGGUAGAUGUAUUUUCUAUGAUACAGAGCAUUUGAAAUACCAUACACAAAUACAUGUACGAUCUACUAGAGGACGCAACAAGGUUGGAAGAAAAAUUACUGGCAUUGAACCUUUACCUGGAGAAAAUAAGAUACUGGUAACCUCAAAUGACUCCAGAAUCAGACUGUAUGAUCUGAGAGACCUAUCACUGUCCAUGAAGUAUAAGGGUUAUGUCAAUAGCAGCAGCCAGAUCAAAGCAAGUUUCAGCCAUGACUUUACUUACCUCGUUAGCGGUUCAGAAGAUAAAUAUGUUUAUAUCUGGAGUACUUACCAUGACCUAAGCAAGUUUACUUCAGUCAGGAGAGAUCGUAAUGACUUCUGGGAAGGUAUUAAAGCACAUAAUGCAGUUGUUACAUCAGCCAUCUUUGCUCCAAACCCAAGUUUGAUGUUAUCCUUGGAUGUACAAUCUGAAAAAUUAGAAGGGAUUGAUAAAUAUGAAGAUACUGAAGUUUUGGAUAGCACAUCUACUGGUAUUGUGAAGACAGAUAAUACAGAAGUUCUUCUCUCUGCUGAUUUUACUGGAGCAAUCAAAGUGUUUAUUAACAAAAGGAAAACUGUAUCUUAAUUUGAAAUUAUAUUUAAAAUAAACAUAUCAGUAAGUUUCUAUAUGUAUCAGAAAUGAGAAAAGUAUUAUAGUGUUUCAGGCUAACAUUCUUUUUUAGCUUUUAUUGAAAGUUGUUUAAAUAUAAUAUAUAUUUUUUGAGAGGCAGUGUUAGUGAUCUAGGAACUCCUAGACUGAUAGACUAGAAAAGAAUGUGUCUAGAUUAACAUUGCCAACCAUAGAGUUUAUGUUUUGUUAUGUUUAUGUUUUGUUAUAUAGUUAUAAACAUGCACAAGUUUCUGCAUGAAAAGAUAUUAAUAUAUUAAUCACAUGUGCGUGCCUUUUGGUUACAUGCACUAAAUCUAACAAAGUUAAAUUAUUUUGGUGGCUCUUUUGGCCUCCUACUGGGUGAGGUGGUCUUGUUUCUAGUUCUAAAAAAUUUUUUUGCACAAAAUUUCAUUUUUAAGAAAUGUAUCUUUUGACUGAAUUAUUGUUUUGAAAUGUUAUAUAGGUUUUCAAUAGGUCAAUAACCAUGUGUAAAUGGUUUUUUAUAAAUUUCUCAAUUUGGGGACAAGAUUUUUUUGUGAUCUAAAUUGUGGAUUUAUUCUUUACUUUGUAAGUGUAUAUAUAUAAUUUUUUUUUCUUUGCCACACUGGAGCACAAUGUUUCUAUGUAAAGAAUUCUUUUCUUUAUCCAUGAGCACCAGGCUUUGCUCACUUAAAAAUAAGCCACAUUAAGGAGUGAGUCUUCUUUUUUACAACAAUGUAAAAAUGAACUGUUUACAUUUUUUUAAAGCAUUGUAGUUUAUAAAAAAUUAAGCCGUUUUGUUUUGUGUUGUGGAAUUUGAAAGGCUUUGUAAAUACCAGUAUAAUGUACCAAUGAAAUAACAUCUGGGACAAUGGAACCCUGGUAAUGUUGUUGAUGGUUUGCAUAUGUUUCUGAAACUGAAAUAUGUAUCAUUAAAGUUGGUCAUCAACACUUGUUAAAGGUGAAUUAUUUUCAUAUGACGUUAGUAAAUUGAGAUGCAAGAAAAAU